GGGGAAGCCUAGUUGCGCCGCAAACCCGCUGCCGCUGAGCUUUCCAAGACAUGGCGCUGAGGCUGCAGCGGCGGGGGUUCCAGCUCUGCGCCCGGCUGCCCGACUUCUUCCUGAUGCUGCUUUUCAAGGGCUGCUUGAUAGGAGCUGUGAAUCUCAAAUCCAGCAACCGAAACCCCGUGGUACCAGAAUUUGAAAGUGUGGAGCUGUCUUGUAUCAUUACAGAUUCACAGACACAUAACCCCAGGAUCGAAUGGAAGAAAAUUCAAGAUGCCCAAACCACAUACGUGUUUUUUGACAACAAAAUUCAGGGUGAUUUGGCAGGUCGUGCAGAACUAUUUGGGCAAACCUCUCUGAAGAUCUGGAAUGUGACCCGAACAGACUCAGCUCUUUACCGCUGUGAGGUGGUGGCUCGAAAUGACCGCAAAGAGAUGGAUGAGAUUGUCAUUGAAUUAACUGUGCAAGUGAAGCCAGUACCUCCGGUGUGCAGAGUACCAAAGGCUGUGCCUGUAGGCAAGGCGGCCACACUGUACUGCCAGGAGCGGGAGGGCCACCCCCCACCACAUUACAGCUGGUACCGCAAUGACUUGCCCUUGCCGAAAGAUUCCAGGACCAACCCCAGAUUUAAAAACUCCUCUUUUCUCAUGAGCUCUGAAACAGGCACUCUGGAUUUCAGUGCUGUUCACAAGGAGGACUCCGGCCGGUAUUAUUGCAUCGCUUCCAACGACGCAGGCUCAGCCAAGUGUGAGGAGCAGGAGAUGGAAGUCUAUGACCUGAACAUCGGUGGGAUUAUUGGCGGGGUUCUGGUUGUCCUUGCUGUCCUGACCCUGAUAACCGUGGGCAUCUGCUGUGCAUAUAGACGUGGGUACUUCAUCAACAACAAACAGAGCGAGGAAAGUUACAAGAAUCCGGGGAAGCCAGAUGGAGUUAACUAUAUCAGGACAGAUGAGGAGGGCGACUUCAGGCACAAGUCAUCAUUCGUGAUCUGAAGCCGGCAGUGUGGCCGGGCACACACGCCACCUCCGCUGGAAACGCCUGCACGGAGCAGCUCGGAGUGCAGUGCCCUUGGACAGCGCUGGACACUCGUGCAAAAGCUUUUUGUUUUGGCCAAAGUUGACUGCUACUCCUUUCUUACUUUUUAACAAGCCACAUAAAUAAAGAAUUUUCCUCGAGGGGCUCUGUGGCCCAUGGAGGGUCCUGCUCCAUUUCUCGUUAAAGGCUUUGUCGGUCAGUGUUGUGGUGUCCAUUUUGGAGAAUCUUCCUGGGUCAGCAUUUUACAGACCAACCCAAACCAGAAAAGCAAAUUGCUUGUUGGAAGCAGGGCCUCCCUACCUGUAGGAGCCCUGCUCGCCCACGGAGGUGUCAGUGUUGGAGGAGAGCCUCCACCUGAGCCUCAGUGUGAAAUGGUACUCAAGGAACGUUCUGCUUUUCUAUGAGUGUUUCUUUUACAGAAUUUUAUAUUCUAAAUUUUUGCUAAACAUGUAUUUUGGUUAUUGAAAAGAAAAUUUCUAUUUAAACUGUAAAUAUGUUGUCAGUGUUAGAUAACCUAUUUUUUUUAAGAAAACAUACAACCUUUGGUAGUAGUGCCAAGCUACUCGAGUUAAAUUGGAAAAUGUCAGCAUUAAGAGUAUCUUCACCCAAGGACUCCUCUCGAGGAGGCUUACCGGAACAUUCCUUUUCCCACACGUGCUUUGGCAGUUUUCAGAAGAGAACUUGCGCCAUCUAUACAGCAGACCAUUGUUGCUUAGGCAACCUUUAAAAAUUCCGAUUAAGUAAUGUCAGAAUGUUUGCCAUCUCUCUCAAAAAACACACGGAGCUCUCAGCCACAACCUGUGCAAACCGUUAGCCAGCUCCCAGGUUGAGGCAUCUGCCGCCUGCAUGGGUGUUGGCUACUAACUCCUGAGGCUGGCUAGCCAGCCUGCCCCUCCACCUCUGACGCCCUGGCCUUGGCUCCAUGCUCGGGUUGGCUUUAAUGUCCUGUUCGUGUCCCACAGGCACUUGGCUCAGCCCAGGACAGUUCCAACCUGUCACUUCAGGAAAGGUGGAUCCUCUCCCUGUGGCAUCCCAGCCUUGGGAUUCCCUGGGCUGAGCCCUUUUUGGUUGUGGGUGGCUCAUGAAACAGAAGCCACUGCUGUUUGGCUUUUUUAAUUCACUUAACUUAUUUGUGUAGUUCAUAAGACUGUCCGGGGCCAAAGGCAGUUUUGAAUCAAAUCUGUCAACUAUAAUAUUUUUUAAAGAAAAUGAAUUCCUCUUGACGAAGGAAGAAAGCCCCAAGGCACCGCAGGCUCUGUCUCACCUCGCAGUGCAGUGUGGUGGCCCCGCCCCAGCUGGCCUGGUAGGCUGUCGGUAGGGCGCUGGGCCAGAGCCCAGGGCGAGGAGGGUGAAGAGCCCCAAAGGCAGCUUUCUAGCUCCGCCCACAACACUGCAUGCUUUGUGGGGGACGUCAGAGACAGAAGCCUUUGUUCUUCAAGAGCAGAUGUUCUUAGCCUCAGAUAUGAUGCUGUGUUAACUCAUAAUGUGAUUUGAAGCAAGGAGCUUGUCAGAGGAAUGCCUUGGGUUCCAUUGUGUGCUUAGAGAAUAGUUUUUAUAUAAGAACAUAGGCAUCUUGGAAUUAAACUUGCAUUGUCUUAAUUUUUUGUACUUUGAGGUUUUUACAACUUGAGACUUGAGACCUACACUGACUUAGAGUCUAAGCUGUGUGAAGUAUUUGUUGUGGGAUGGUGGGCAGCAGCCGAGGCAACUCUUCGCACCUUCAGUGGUGCCCACCGUCCUUUGCAUUUGUGUCUGGAAUGCUUACCAUAGGGCUCUCCCUUCAUCUUCACCUCUUCUUGGCGGAAAGGGAUAGCUGCCCCUUUUCCUAAUCUGAGGGGAUCUUGGUUGGCACAGUGAUAGGGUGGCCUUUUUGCCCCCUUCUUAUGCCCUAAAACCUCAGGCCCUAGUGCCCUGUGGCCUGGGUCUGAUGGGAGAGUCAUGGAAUGUGGAGUCCGGGAAGUGGCUGCCUUUACUGUAAAAAUCAGGACAGCAAAGGAACGUUCGUGUGUUUCCAAAUGUGAUGUGACUAAGACUCCAGGCCUGUGCGAGGCUAUGGUGGCCUUUGGUGUGGCUCCUGUGUACAUAGAUGCGGCAGCCUUGUACUAACACACCUGUAAGUUGAUGUUUGUUAAACCUCACUUAUAAAAGGUUUUUAAAAAAAUCGACA